AUGUCUAAUUUCACGUUCUGUCUUUCUUUUCCUGUCUUUCUUUCUCUCCUUCUUUCUUUCUUUCUUUCUGCUUUCUUUCUUUCUUUCUUUCUUUCGUUAAAUUUUUUUUUUUCCCCGCUUUCUUUGGAUGGAUAUGACGUUCUUCUUUUUUUUCGCUUUCUUUUUUUCUUUUUUUUUUAUUUUUUCUCUCGCAUAUCUUUCUUUCUUUCUUUCUUUCUUUCUUUAUUUUUCUUUUUUCUUUUUUUCCUUUUUUUCGUUCUUUCUCUUCAUUAUUCUUUUUUUUUCUUUUUUCCUCUUCUUUUUUCUUUCUUUCAAAUGUUUUUUCCCCGUGUUUUAUGUCGUAAUUUUUCAUUUCCUGUCUUUCUUUCUCUCCUUCUUUCUUUCUUUCUUUCUUUCUUUCUUUCUUUUUUCUUUCUUUCUUUCGUUAAUCUUUUUCUUUCUUUUUUCCCUUUCUUUCGUUUUGAUGUCGUAAUUUAA